GCCUUGUCUGCUGAAAGAAGGAGCCGGGCCAACUUUUUCCCUCUGGGAUGAAGGAUCCUACCAGAACUACUAUGUUUAAGCAUCACUUCUUCCUGGAUUCUCUCCUGCUUUUGCUUUCUUUUUUCCGGCCAGUAGCCACAGGCCAUUGUCAGCUGUUCCCAAGAUCAGUCUGCAGGAAGCCAGCUCCCUUUGUUCCUGGCUAUAAUUUCAUUGGUGAAGGGGUUGAUAUCACUACUCUGGCCAGGAAGGGGGCAUAUGUCGUGGAUGCCAGCCGAUGGCAUGGACCCAAUGGGACAUGCACCUUGUGCCGAAAUCCUCUAAUGGAUGGGCAGCUACAGAGACUCCCCUUGACCAGUGUGGACUGGCGGGCGCAUGGCAAUUGCCAUCGGCAAGUGAGCAGCUCGGUGGAGAACUCAGAUGUGGACGUGGCCCACGCCAUGGCCAAAGAUGUGAGCAACGACUGGGAAAUCGAACUGGGGUUGCCUACAGAGGCACCAAAUGACUGGCAAAAAGAGCUAGGGAUUUCCAAGGCCCGGAUAGCCUUUGCUGGAUCUCAGUCCCAAAUGACUCUCUAUGCACAUGACAAAUCUCUGCAGGAUAGGCACAGCUUUGUGAAGCAGGAGAUCUCCUGUGAAUACUACCGGUUAAGACUCCAAAAUCCUCCCCUUCUGUCCCAGUACUUCUCCCGUGCGCUGGAGAGGCUGCCAAGAAAGUCCAACCUUGAGGAGUACCAGCAGUUUAUCAACAUCUAUGGCACGCACUAUAUCAGCCACGUCCGUUUGGGAGGGCGAGUGCGCCACCUCUUAGCUGUGCGCACUUGCACUAUGGCCUUGGCAGGUUUCACCAUUUCCAAGAUCAAGGACUGCCUGAAUUGGGAGGUUAGUCUGGGGCAUGAAUUGCUCUUUGGAUCCAGUUCCCUCAAGUCCAAGUGCCAAGAGCUCUGGGGAGCGAAAGGCUGGGGAAACUUUUAUGACAUCUACAGUGGACAACGCACAGAGGUGGUGGGAGGAGACCAGCGAGUGGAGAUGCUCUUCUCGCAAACCGGAGAGGUCCAGCGCUUUUCGGAAUGGAUGGAGACGGCGAAAACAAAGCCCGGUUUGAUCUCGUUCUCCCUCCUACCUCUUCAUAUGUUGUUGCCUCGAACAGAUCCAAGGAGGGACUUGUUGAAGCAAGCCAUUGUGGGUCAUAUCAGCCAGAGAGCCCUUAAGAGGGACUGCCCACAAGACUGCCCAUCCUGGAGUACCCAAAACACAGAGAAGAGCUGCACAUGUAAAUGCCAAGCUGAUGCUGUCGUCAAUGACAUGUGCUGUGCCUGGGAACGAGGUCGGGCACGUCUCAGCUUCACCAUUUCCACUGGUGCCAACCUUUGGGGCGAUCAAUUCACCGCCACCGACGCCUACGUCAAGGUUUUCUUCCAAGACCAGGAAAGGCGAACCAAGGUUGUCUGGAACAACAACAACCCCAACUGGACUGAAACUGUGGAUUUUGGGGCUGUGACGCUGAUGGACCACAACCCUUUUCUGGUGGAACUGUGGGACGAUGACGUCUGGCAUGAUGACCUGCUGCAGAAAUGUCGUGGCAAUUUGGUGGCCGGAGGAGGCACCGUUGGGCUCACCUGUUAUUCACGUUAUGGACACAUCGAAUUUUCUUACUUGUUGGAGUGCGGACGCACCUUGGGAGGCCCUAGUUGCUAUGACUAUGUCCCCUUACAGCUGCCAACAUCAUAUUUCAACAACACCAGUUCCCCAUUUCGUGCUUUAUCUUUGUCUCAUAUGUUUCAGGAAAACUUCCAACUGCAGAAGUAAAACAAAUCCAAACGAAGCAAAGGAUAAGACUGGAACAAAGCCGCUUAGCCAGUGAGGCAAAUGCAAGACUGGUAACACUAUGGCAUUUCCUAAUUCAGUGGUUCUCAGCCUUCCUAAUGCAGUGACCCCUUAAUGCAGUUCCUCAUAUUGUGAUGACCCCAAAACAUAAAAUUAUUUUCGUUGCUACUUCAUAA